AUGCAUGAUAAUGUUCAAGCAAAAGAUGCAAAUGUAUCUAAUACAUUCAAUCGUAAUGAAUAUGAACAAUUAGCUAAAAUAGAUCUUCCAUCUAUACCAGUACAUAACGAUACUAGUCGAGAUAAUGAAGGUGCGGAUCAUGAUUCUGACCCCUUAAGAAAUAAUGGACGAGGAUCACAUGAAGCUAAUUCUCAAAAUUAUGCUGCUGAAACAAAUGGAACACAUGGUAUACCAAUAGAAGAAUUUCAACAAGUAGUUCUUGAUCAACAUAAUAAAUAUCGUACACAAAUGAAAGCCAAUAAACUUCAAAAUAAUAAUGAUUUACAUGAAAAAGCACAAAUACGUGCACAUGCUGAAGCUAAUGAACAGCCAAUACAAUUAUCCAAUGAUUAUAAUGAAAAUAUUUUUGUAGUUGAUACAGGCGAUCCAUCGAAAAUAACUGGUGAACAUAUCGUCGCUGCUUGGUAUGAAGAACGUCAUAAUUAUAAUGCUAAAAAUGAAUCUUCAGCUCCGCAUUUUUCACAAUUAAUAUGGAAAAUUUCAAAAGAAUUAGGUAUCGGUCAUGCUUAUAAUGGUCAAAGAUUAUUUGUUGUUGCUCUUUAUAAACCUCCUGGAAAUAUUCGUGGUCAAUUUCCUGCAAAUGUCGAUUUUAAUGCUAAUGAUGAACACAAACCAGCGACUAGAUAA